ACUCCUUGGUACGAAUAUUUGGACUAUGAUAAAUUGAAAGUUGAACAACAAACCCAUGUUCGUAUUUGGCGAGUCAACAAUUUUCGUGAAAAGACCAACGUUAACCAGCCUUUACUACAAGCUGGCAACAGGGUAGAGAGUAAUGAUCCAGUGGAACGGAUUCUAAGGAGGUUGACAUCCUAUGAUAGUCCAAAGCCACCACCUUCCAUAAUAAUAAAGGCACCAGUAAUACCCAAGAUUGAGUUUGGAAGUAAAGAAGAAAUGUUCAAGUCACUUGAACAGUGUUUCAGAAUAUUGAAACAAUCUGCACAUAACCACAAUUUGAAAUUAUCUGAAUAUAAGGCAUUAGAUAGUGCCUACAAGGAAUUGAUACCACAGCUUUAUCGGUCAGUUAUGAAUAAGGUUAAGAAGAAAGUACCUUGUAAGGGUCGGAACCAAACCGUCCAUUGUUCCGGUGCUGCUGUAAUUGUUCUGGAAGUCCAGGAAGCCAGAGUGAAUGAGAGACUUGAGCAUCAAAUUAUUUUGAACCGAAAUGCUUACGAGUCACUGUUGGCAGGUGCUUUGCAAUCCGCCCCUUCGAAUCUUUGUUCUGCUGCAGUUACAGUGCAACAAACUAUCAAAGUUCUUCAAACACAAGUUCAUUGCAAUCCUGCAACUGCUGAAUUGGGUGUUGAACUGUUUUAUUACAUUUUAUCUCUUCUCGGUGAUGAAAUGAACUCUUACCCGCCUACAAAAACGUUAUUGUCCACUUGUUUGGAAAAAUUAGGACAGUCUCAUAUUUGUGGUGUUGAAUACGAAAUGCCAAGGUUACUACAGAAUAUUCUGAGAGAUUCAAAGUUGGCCCAAUAUUUGGCUCCACAUUUCUCUCCAAGUGAUGUUGGAACUUCCAGCUUGCUAUUGAUGUACUCUAAUAUUUGCAAAUCAGUUGGGCAAAAAUAUGAUGUAACAUUUGCUAUUCUCUCAAAGUUUGAAAUAGAAAAUUGGCUAAAAAAGAAACAACCAAAACUGAGCCACCGGUCUCAAUUUAUAGAGUUGAUUGUAAAAGCAUUAACGACCCUAGGAUUUGAACCUGCAGUUGAAGCAUUGACUUUACAUGGACUGUAUCGUAAACAUUUGAUGACAGUAUUUGAAUAUCAGUUUCCAGAACAUUAUGGUGAGGUGUUGAUACAUCUUCUGAAAGCUAGUGGUGGCAGCCCUGAAAAUAAUCUGCUUUCAAUAUCAGUGUGGAUGGACCUUUUGAACUCUUUGUCCCAACCUGUUGUUCUGAACAUCAAAGGUCCACUCAGAGAUCAACUCAGGCAAUAUGCUCAAAACCAAAAGAUUUUGCAACAUCAAGAGUUGCUGGAUACAUCGGAACUGUUGUCAAGACAUUUCACACAAGAAAGACUACAAUAUGGUCUCUAUGGACUAUAUCCAAAGUGUCGCAACUAUAUGGACGUGUUUGUAAUUUUUUUUGGUAUAAUAGGGCACGGUGUUACUGUGAGCAUGCUCAAUACACAUCAAGGGCUUUUGGGAGACAAACUUUGUGAUAAAAUAUGGCCUUAUCUGAGAGAUAUGUUCUCUCCCUGGUUAAUACCCUAUUCAAUGCAAAAUCUUAAGGAAAACAUGGCCUCCUGGAUACAGCAGCUGGCAGAUGAUCGGUCGGUACUAUUACCUUGGAUUCCACCCGAUGCUGGAUUUGCUCAGAAAAUGCUUGGUGCUUUUCGAGAAUGCAUAUCAUUCAUAAUCCACACGUUACCAGCAUCUAGUAGUAUUUUGAGCCACCUCUGGCAGUGGUAUGUCACAAGUUAUGCCCAUAAUUCUGUCAAGGAACACAUAUUGUUACCUGUUCAUCAGACUUUUCUAACUUUUCCUUGGCAUAAUUUUUGGCCUUCCGUCAAUGACCUUGAACUUAUGCUUAGGGUAGUGGAUCAGUACUUGCCUGAUUGCCAUUCAUUCUUGGGACACAUCUUCAUGUCGGUUCCUUGGUCGAAUUGGUUAAACAACUUUACAAGUGCCCCACUCCAGUUGAAAAGCAGAGUGUAUCAGUGUUUUAUAAAUCUACUCGUGAAAUUAUGCAACGAGCCCAAUGUUAGGAAAAACUAUUCUGAACAAGCCAACUCAUUACUGGUACAAGCUGAACACUUCGACUGGACAUUCUUGGAUGCUUCUAUUUAUCAACACGUUAUGGAUUGGUUUGUUAUGAGCUGUGAUUCGUCUGUGAUUUUCAAAACUGACCCAGUAGAUAUAGAUUACAGAGUUUUGAGCUUUUUAAAAACUGUUGCCUCGUACAACAGUCAAACAUCUACAACGCCAAAUGAAACUUUGCCAAAGAGACUGAUUUAUAUUAAGAGUUAUAUUAAAUUACUAUCAGUGUACAGUAAUAGAAACAAAAAUAACAUUUCUAGAAAGGAGCGGGAUAUAUAUCUCCUCAUAACAAGGCAGCUCAAUGAUUUAGAGUGUGCAGUAAGUAAUGAGGAAGAGAUGUUACUGUUACUUAGAGAACUAGAAUGUAUUUUAAAUAUUGACAAUAUCAGUAAAGCGUCUCUUGGAGCGUUUAUUAAAUGGAUUGAAAACAAACCUGGAAAUGGAAUUAUUGUUAAAUCUCUGUUGAGAACCUUAGGAUCGGCUGUGAAAGAUUAUGAAAUUCUUGGUGAGGUGUUGGAGGUUACUAUCAACAGUUACUUCUUAAAUAUAGUUUCAGACAAGUUUGACACCACUUGGAGGGAAGUCUCAGAACUAUUGAAUAUACUGGUAUCAAAACAGACUGAAUUAGAACAAGCAAUUCUGAAUAAGGGUUGUUUAUUAACACUUAAUGCCAUUUUUAUACAAAGAAUAACCAAAUACAGCGACACCGAAGCCUUAUUGAAUUUAUGUCUUGAUUGGAUGAUGCGUAUAAAAAUCAACGAUUCAACAGAACAAAAAAUGCCACUGAUUUGGUGUGGAUUCCUUAUGUUGGUCUUACAACAUUCUCAAAAAGAUGAGCCCUAUUGUGCCGCCGUCUUGCACAAGUUUUCUCAAAUAUUGUUACAAAUAUCUGAGGAAAAAGGUGCCAGCAAAUGGGGCAGAGGAUUGUUGAGUGCUAUCGGUCUGAGCAGACAAGGAUUGUCGGUCCAUUUUAAAUUUAUUUGUCGAGCUUUAGCAGGUUAUGUUUUGGCUCAGCUUCCAGAAAUGAAAGGAGAGCCCCAGGUGAUCAGAAAAGAGCCUAAUGCACCUGCCAAAGUAGGUCAGUCAGGCGGAAAUAAUGAAUGUGUGAAAGUGCUCCUGACCCUGGACUUUGGACAUUCUCAGGGAAAAAUCAAGGAUUGUGCAGAAUUGGCACUCAAGCAAGUAAGUAUUUUAUAAUAAUGAGAAACCACG